AUGUGUCGCAUAAUUGGGGGGAGGGGGGACAAGUGUUUGGGCAUCCCUGGCUUCUCCUUCUCCGCAAUCAGACUAUUCGGAUUAGGAGCGUGUGGAAAAAUGGUUGAAGAAAAAAAGAAACCGACAGGGGCCGAGGGAAAAAAGCCUGCUGCUACUCCCAAGGCCAAACCAGCUGCAGGUGCUACUUCCAAGGCUAAACCAGGUGCAGCUGCUCCUGCUGCAAGUACUGCUCCCAAGGCCAAAGGAGGUGCAACUGCAACACCAGCUGCCAAGGCUAAAGGGGGUGCGGCUACUGCAGCACCGGCUGCCAAGGCCAAAGGAGGUGCGGCUACUGCAACAGCUCCCAAGGGCAAAGGAGGCGCAGCUGCUGCAACACCAGCCCCCAAAGUCAAAGGAGGUGCAACUGCUACUCCCACUCCCAAAGCUAAAGCAGCUGCUGGUAAAGACAAACCUGCUACAGCUAAGGACAAAGCUGCCGCUACUGCUGCUAAGGCCAAGCCAGGUGCUGCCAAGGCCAAACCAGCUGCAGCUAAAGAUAAAACUGCCAAGGACAAACCUGCUGCAGCCAAGGCCAAACCGACUGCAGGCAAAGCCAAACCUGCUGUAGGUAAGGAUAAAGCAACUGCAGUCAAGGAUAAGGUGGCUAAAGGCAAACCUGCUGCAACUGCAGCCAAGGCCAAACUGGCUGCAGCCAAGGCUAAAUUGGCUGGAGCCAAGGCUAAAACAGCUGCAGGUGCUCCAAAAGGCAAAACAGCUGCAGCUGAUGGGACCAAAAGGACUAAAUUAAAGCGGCCAGCCUCUGCCAGUGGAGAUAAAAGAACUGGACCUGGAGCUAGCAAGAAAAAGAAGAUAAUCGUCUACCAAAAAAAGAAAGUUAGUAGUGAAGCCAAAAAAGGCACCAAGGAUGAGAAAACGGCCACACCCCGGACAAUCCCUAAAAUUCCUGAAUCUGUUUUGAAGAAGAGGAAGCUUAAACAAAUGCGUAUCACUUCACGUGCAAAGGCUGUUUUGAAGGAAAAGACACUCCGCAAAAAGAAGAGAAUGGUGAUGUUCAAGAGAGCUGAGAAAUAUGUCAAGGAAUAUCGUCAACAGGCACGUGAUGAAAUCCGUUUGAGACGAAUGGCUCGCAGGGCUGGAAACUUCUAUGUGCCAGAUGAACCUAAAGUUGCAUUUAUCAUGCGUAUCAGGGGUAUCAAUGGAGUUCACCCUCGCCCUAGAAAGGUGAUGCAGUUGUUCCGUCUUCGUCAAAUCAAUAAUGGUGUAUUUGUUAAAGUCAACAAAGCCACUCUACACAUGAUCAAAAUUUGUGAACCAUAUAUUACCUGGGGAUAUCCUAACUUGAAGAGUGUUAGAGAGCUUAUAUACAAGAGAGGAUAUGGAAAGAUUGACAAGAAACGUAUUCCUUUGACUGACAAUGCUCUCAUUGAAAAGAAACUUGGGCGGUUUGGUAUCAUCUGUAUGGAGGACUUGAUCCAUGAGAUCUACACUGCAGGCAAGCAGUUCAAACAUGCCUCAAACUUCCUCUGGCCCUUCAAGCUGAGCACCCCGCGUGGUGGCUGGGUACGCAAAUACAAUCACUACAAUGAUGGUGGUGAUUUUGGCAAUAGAGAAGAAAAAAUUAAUGCUCUCCUCAGAAAGAUGGUAUAA